AUGCGGCUCGAACAUGAUGGCGAGUCGCUGGCUGGAGAUUCCGAUCGUGAAGAGCUCAAUCGUUUAGGCAAGAAACAAGUGCUCAGAAGAGGCUUCCGCUUUCUCUCUAUCCUAGGCUUCAGCUGUGCUGUCCUCAUUACUUGGGAGGCUUCACUAGUCCUGUUCCUUACGGGUCUUCGAAAUGGCGGCCAUGCAGGCAUCAUAUAUGGCUACAUAGUGAUAUGGGCCGGAAACCUGGCUGUCUUCACAACCCUUUCUGAGCUCGUCUCUAUGGCACCUACCUCUGGCGGACAGUACCAUUGGGUCGCGAUGCUAGCACCAAAGUCAAUGGCGAAAUUUCUCAGUUACAUUACCGGCUGGUUGACUGUGGCUGGAUGGCAGGCCGGUUUCGCUUCUGCUUGCUUCUUGACCGGCUCUAUGAUCCAGGGACUCAUUAUCUUUACGAACCCGUCUUACUCACCUAGCUCCUGGCAUACCACUCUGCUUCUCUGCGCCGUAGCGUUGUACUGCGUCUUUGUCAAUGUUGUGACCAGCAGGUUAUUGCCUGCGUUUGAAAAGAUAGCAUUGGCUGUUCAUGUUCUCGGAUUUUUAGCAGUUUUGAUACCACUGGUUACAUUUGGAGAAAAGAAUGAUGCAAACCUGGUAUUCAAGAAUUUCAUCAACGAGGGAAAUUGGUCCAGUCAGGGUGUCUCCUUUUUGGUUGGUUUAAUUGGGAAUGCAUUCGCGUUCUUGGGUCAGUUCACAGUCCUCUGCCUUUUUUGA